GAGUGGCCGAAAAGAAAAUGCCUCAAUCAUUUUCUUGUCUCCCAAACACGUUUCUUUUCUAACUGAGGGGAGAAGGUACAGAGAGGGUGGAGAAGAUAAAGGGCAUAAAAACAAUAAAAUUAAUUCAAGUUUGAAAUAAAAAUUCAAACUUUUGAAGAUUUUCGGAAUCUCACAACUGUCACAAGUGUUUAUCCAUUCCGGUUACGCCCUAGAUCUGAUCGAGCAAUGCGCUUUUCUCUCUAGGGAGGGUUUCGUCGCUGAAACCGUUUUCAUCAUCUGGGUAUCCUGGGAGUGAAGGAAGUUGUCCAAGUUAAGAUCGUCAGCUGUGAUGCAGCUUUGAAUUGCUGAGUUUGUUUCUGAGUUGGAUUGUCUUUGCUUGAAAUUGACUCGUUUCCACAUUUGAAUUUAUAUGAUGGUUUUCUGGGAAGGAUACGUGAGCGAUGAAUUGAUGGGCACGUUUGCCCCUAUUGUGCUUUAUUGGGUAUAUGCCGGAUUUUAUCACUUGCUCCCACCUUUAGAUAGGUAUCGGUUGCAUACUAGGAGAGAUGAGGAAGACAAGAAUUUGGUGCCCUUUGCAACGGUUGUGAAAGGUGUUUUGCUUCAGCAGAUUGUUCAGGCAAUCGUGGCACUCCUCUUGUUGACUACAACGACAAAUGCAUAUGGGGUUAUAGUGCAGCCUUCUAUCCCGAAGCAAGUUUUGCAGAUCCUUAUUGCAAUGUUUGUGAUGGAUACAUGGCAGUACUUCGUGCAUCGUUACAUGCAUCAGAAUAAGUUUCUAUAUCGCCAUAUCCACUCACAGCAUCACAGACUGGUUGUUCCUUAUGCAAUAGGAGCCCUUUACAAUCACCCGUUAGAGGGUCUUCUACUCGACACUGUUGGCGGGGCCAUCUCAUUUCUGGUUUCAGGGAUGACUGCUAGAACAGCAGUUGUAUUCUUCUGUUUUGCUGUUGUGAAAACCGUUGAUGAUCACUGUGGACUGUGGUUACCGGGCAACAUCUUCCACUUAUUUUUCCAGAAUAACACAGCUUACCAUGACAUUCAUCAUCAACUGCAAGGGCUGAAGUACAAUUAUUCUCAGCCAUUCUUUUCCAUAUGGGACAAACUUCUUGGGACAUACAUGCCUUUCAAUCUUGUAAAGAGGCCUGGAGGGGGGUUUGAGGCAAGGCUAGCAAAGGAAUAGUGACACUGUAAUUGUUGAAAAUCUCACAUCUGAUGGCAUCAUUUUUCAUUAGGAUCAGAGGCUUUUCUGUAGCCAUUUCUCAAGUUGAUUGGAGCUUACUGGCUUUUUCUGUUCAUCUUGUUACUGUAGGUUUGCCAACCCACUUUGUGUAGCAUAACUAUGAUGAUAUGUGAUUAAGGAGUUCUUUUCAUUAUUUAUUAUCAUUCAUGUACUUAAACAACAUUUUUUGAAGGUGUAAGUUGCUAAAAGAGUACCAGGUUCACGCUACCAUAUUUGUUUUUCCUA